AUGAAAUCGCCGACAGAAAACACGCACACAAACGGAAGAAAAACAUUCAUUGGUUUGUGUUCCACCUCCUGCUUCCUACUGUCUGUCGUUUGCUGUAUCGCACUGUUUCACGUGGAAUUCAGAAUACACGAGCAUCGUCGACUCAUAUCACAGUUGGAAACAUUCCGUCAAGAGAUUCAAAGAGAAGUCGCUCAAGUUAAACUGGAUUGUAAAAAAGGGAGAGUAACCAAAAGUAACCAUCCCGACUUUUGGCAAAAUACAAAAGGUGGGUGAAAACGAACAGAAAGUGGAUAUAGGUGACUUUUUGCUAAGCCAUGAUUUAUCCUUUCACGUGGUUUAACUAGUAAACAUCGUCGGAGAAACCAAGUUUUUCAGUUACGUAUUGGAAUCAACUACAGAAUACAGGGCCAUAUUUUAAGUUUUAAAGAACACAGAAAGGGAUAUAUCUUAGUGGCUCGGUGGCUCGUCAUUCGAGGUUAGCAUCUUAAAGAACGAGAAAGUCAUACCGCAAAAUUCCGAAAAUAAGCCCCGGGGCUUAUAUAAUUCUAAGGCACUUAUUGAGGGGCUUAUCUACGGAGGGAAAUUUGCGUUUCAAAAUCGAUUGGGCUAGCCGUAUACUUGGAAGUAAAUUUACCGUUUUUGCUUUGUUUUACUUUGUAUUUGAGAGCAAUUUUGCAAGUACAAGCCCCCCCCCCCUCCCCCCGGGGGGGCUUAUAUUUGGAGGGGCGAUUUAACGGAGGGUUUUUUGCGUUACCGGAUUGGGGGGCUUAUACAUGGAGGGGCUUAAUUUCGGAAUUUUACGGUAUUUUAGUGGCUCGCGGGCUCCGUUCCAACGAAUAUACCUAGAAAAUUGGCCCUGUAUUCUCUAUUCUGUUAUUUAGCUUUUCAAAAAACUGUGCGAGCUUAUAUGUAGUUCCUAUAUUCUAAUAUUAGAACACUACGCACAUUUUUCAAGGUCGCAAAGUUAUAUACAGAGAAAAACGUGAUUCAUCAGAUGCCUCUCAAAACAAAUCGGUUACAAAAGCCUCCGAAGUAAAAAAGCUGAUCAAAAAAGAGCUUCGCCUGUUGCAGAAUAAAAUCUGUGCCAAAGAUGAAAAGCUCUGUCAACCAGGACCAAAAGGUAACACUGGAAGGCGGGGAAGACGAGGACCCCAAGGCAUACCGGGCCCCAGAGGGAGAUCCGGCCCAGCAGGGCCUCCCGGUAAAAAUGGAUCAAUAGGACCACAGGGACCAAUGGGUAUAAAGGGGGAUCGCGGAUUGCCAGGUCUGCCAGGACCUCCUGGUCCCAGAGGUCCGCCUGGUGAGAAAGGUGCGCCGGGACGAUCCAUCUCAGCUCCCUCCUUGUUACAGCCUCCUGUUGAAACGACAAUCAAUGCAAGUCUGACAGCCAUCUUGAAAUGUACAGCGGCUGGAAAUCCUCCUCCCAAGGUCACAUGGUUUAAGGUGAACUCAACACUUCCUGUCGGACGUCACGUUGUAGACUCCAGUGGCGCUCUGAUUCUUCAGGAUAUUAGACCCGAAGACGAGGGCCAGUACACCUGCAAAGCUGAAAAUUUGAUGGGAACCAUCAACGCCAGCGCACGGCUAACAGUGCAGUGUAAGUUGCAUUAAUUUCAUUCUUCAAGAUUUCAAGACGUUUUUUUUAUCUCUUUCUAAUACAUUUUCUGACAUGCUGUAGGAGUAUUCUAACGGACACUUACAGCUAGUCCCUUCUUGCCGUUCUUCAGUUACUUUCGCUGACUUUCAUUAUAAGAUACACAACUCUCUAAAACAAUCGGUCAGCAAUGAUCGCAGCGGUGUGAUGCAGUAUUUUGUUUGCAGAAUAAACGUGUUUUCUACUUCUUGCCCAUUCCACCCUUUAUUGAAUUGUCAUCACUUUACCUGAUCGUAACGUAACGUAAAUGAAAUAUAAAGAAAAACAAUAGUAUAAAGCUAUGCCGGUGAAUUUGAUUCAUUAGUCAUGACCUUUUUAAAGGAACUGCGGAGAAGUCUUAAUCAUGAGGAAACAAGUUUACUUUGAUCUUGAGGGUCACUGUAAGUGUUCUCCUAAAAUAAACCAUUUUCCUUGGCAUUGGCUGCAUACGAUUGGUGAACUACAAAAAAAAUAGCCAUUUAGAAGUCUAAUUUUUAAAGAAUGUUCACGUUCGCUUACUGAUAGAGGUGACCGCUGAAUAGGGGUCAAGUUUAAAACAAAUAAAGGGGGCAAAUUUCGAGUAUUUGAUGAGUACUAUUUUUUUGCCGGUGCACGUUGCCGUUGUGCAAAGGUGUCGUAAGAGAAGGUUCGACUAUAUUUGCUAAAAAUUCUACGAUAUUAUAAUAGCAGAGAGUAUUCUGUCACCAGAUUAAAAGCGAUUUAUCUGUUUCUUGCCAGUUGGUCCCCAGAUAUUAUUGUCAUCAAAUCGCCUGAUGGCUGAGCAAAAGCAAAACUUCACCAUCACCUGCACUGCCACUGGUCAGCCUCAACCCAAGAUCACGUGGUCCAAGGUAGGAGGAGAUUUGCCAAAAGGAAGAAGUGAGGUAAUGAAAGACGCUCUGACAAUCUAUCAAGUGACAAGAAACGACGGUGGUAUAUACACGUGUAAAGCAGAUAAUAUCCUGGGAACAGCGACAGAUAUGGCUCAGUUGAUGGUUUUUUCGCCUCUUCGGUUCAAACUUCGACCACCUCAAGAACUGACUCCUAUGGCUGGCUCAACUGUUCGCCUACCUUGUGUAGCCGAGAGUGACCUGAGACUUACCAUAACUUGGACAAAGGAUGGAUCCCUACCUCCUUUUGAAUCAAGAAUUCUUCAAAACAACACUCUAGUUCUAAACAGCAUCAAAAUAUCACAUAAAGGAUCUUACACCUGCAGAGCGAGUAAUCCUUUGUCAACAAUAGAAACCAAAGUAAAAAUCCAUUCUCCAGUUACACUUGCUUCCUGUUCUGAGAUCAGAAAACACGUCAGCAGUGUAAGCGGAAAUUACGACAUUGAUCCAGAUGGCGAGGGGGGUCUGGCACCAUUCACUGUUUAUUGUGAUAUGACAGCUAAAAAUGGAGUUGGGGUGACAGUCAUCAGUCACGACAGUGAAAGCAGAACAUACGUGAAAGGAUAUGAGGCUAAGGGAAGUUACUCGCGUGACAUUCGUUACACAGGAGCGAGUCUUUCUCAGCUGGCAAGUCUCACCAGAGUGUCCUCGAAUUGUGAACAGUUUAUCAAGUAUGAAUGUAUAGGUUCCACCUUCCUUCAAAAUGGCCAGUUUUAUGGAUGGUGGGUGUCACGUGAUUCCGCCAAGAUGACGUACUGGGGAGGAGCAUCUCGUUAUGGUAAGUGCGCAUGCGGGAUGACUAACUCAUGUGCAAACCCCAGUUAUGGCUGUAACUGUGACAAGGAAUCCUAUGCAUGGCAUGAGGACAGCGGUCUGCUCACUGACAAGACGACGCUUCCUGUAAAACAACUCAGGUUUGGGGAUACUGGUAGCAAAGGAGAACAAGGUUACCACACGCUCGGAAAACUAAAGUGCUUUGGAACCGCAUAAAUAGAUGCUAGUUCUUGUGACUCCAAACCCGACAAGUAAAAAAAAAUAUGUGUAACCUUAAAAGUUCAUAAAGAAACCUGGAGAGAGACUGACAGCGAUCCUUGUUUUACAUGUACAGUAAAUACAAUAGCCCACUCCGAGGCUGUAGGGUCAAAAUUGCAAAUUUCUCACGACUCCAUUGUCUCGCAAUUCCCAGAAGAGACUUGAGGACAAAGAAAACCAAACCAAAUGUAGAAAAAUGACCAGAAAGCCUCGGAGUCAUGUUAGAAUUUUAAUAUAUCGAACGUGAGCUAUUAAAACCCGGUCGAACAUCCGUAGGUUAGCUCUUCUCGCAUUUUAACUGAUGUUUAUUGUAAACAACCUGUCACGGUUCAACAUAUUCAUCAAACUCUAAAUUCUUUUCACGAGAAUUAACACCAACCGAAAAUAGGGACAUGGCACUAAUAACUCUGUCUUUUUCCCCUGGUACUAAAGUAUCGAUAUGAUUGUUUUAACCUGUUUUCGAAAGUCUUGCAGGUCGUGUAGGAGAGUAAUAAGCAAUAGUUUAAUAAAUGUUUUUUAUGUCUUCUGAAAAAUCCUGUCACUGUUAUCCACGGCUGCUACUACCGGGGCUGAGCGCAUGUGUGAGUUUCUGACUAUUAUUGUGUGAAUGCUUUCUUGGAAAGAUAUAUUAUUACUCUUGUUUGUUAUUCACAUAGAGGUAUCAAGCCAAUCAAAACAAGAACGCUCACAGCCUAGACCGAAUGACCAUUUAUCUACCUUAAAAAAAAAAACCAAAAGAUUUGGAGGUCCCAUGCAUAAAGAUAAAAGGUGUUAAAGUUGGCCUGUUUAAUCUCCACUUUUAAUGUGCAAUUUAUAAAGUUUAAAUACUUUUGCAUUAAAAGCGAUCCAAAAUUUCAGUGUGUGUUGGUUAAGCGACUUGUGGCGUGAAAAUAGACAGAAGAGAAGCUUAUUAAAACCUUUGAAUGCAGAGGUCCACUCAACACGUAAAUAAAACCGACUGGUUCUUUCUUGUCGGAUCUCUAAUCUAGAGAUGCUAAUGCCAGAGGUCACUUGAAGUAAGAAUUAAAAAAAAAAUGAAUGCAAGGCUGGAAAUACGACAAAGGGGUGAUUUAUUUGAGGCCAAUAUUUCGGCUAACAAAAUUAGCCUUCUUCAGGGCCACAGCUUGUUAUAUUUUGUAUUUUUAAGAUCCUUUGAGGUCGAAAACAUAACUUUUUCAAAUCAGGUGUAGGCCUUCCGUCAUUCCUCAAUGCAAAAGUCUUCAUACUCAAGCAUCGUUACGCCACGCGCACCACGUGACCCUGCAGGAAUAUGGGAGCGCGGAGGAAUGAGGUCUAAGAGAUUUACCAACAGUGGGUAAAUGCAAGACAAAACUAAACAAAAUGAGCGGAAGGUAAUGGGCACGUGAGCUUUAGGAGUUGUAAAGCCGCGUCUGUCACGUCUGUAACCUACUUUUUUUAAUAUCUUCCGCAGGAAAGACAAGCAAACAGACAGACAAGCUUUCAAGUGUAUGUGUUGUAGGUUAUAUCCGUUCUUAGGUUAAAUCACAAUUUUUGUCUCCUUUGAAUAAUUAAGGCCUAGAAACAAAAAGAAAAUACUGUCGAAAAUUCGGUUGAAUCCUUGUCAAAAAUGAGAACGGAGUUUACCUACAACAUAAACCUGUGGUUAGUUUCUUUACAUCAUCAAGUGACGAAACAAAGCAAAUCCUGAACUUCCUACUGUGCAAUAAUCUUCCCAUGAUAGUGUGAAACGUGACCUUGGACUUGGAGUUAGCUUAAACAACAGAGGUCCUCUUUUUCCUUCUUUCAAUUCUAUGCAGUACACGGAGAAUUUUACAAUCUGACUGAGCAAAUCUUAGUUUGCCGCUCUGAGUUUAACGCUUAGAGGUCAUGAAGCUGGUCUGUUUCAUUCUUUUUGAGUAAUUAUUUCCUGUGGUCUGGAGCGCGAUGUCCUACUGUUCCUCCGUUCGCAAUUCCUUUUGUACUAACUUGAUAGUCUAUGCGACUGUACUGGUAGUGCAUUUUUUUGUUACAAGUGCCUAAAGCAAGACUGCAGUUUCGGAAUUAAAAGAUACCUUGUCUAAGGGACGGACCAUUUGAAAACUUAUGGGGGGGCGGGCGAAGUACAAAAAAGAAAUUUCGCGCAAAAGAAAAUUAAAUUUAAAAAAUAUUCAUGCUAUGGCCUAAAAAAAAUUCAUACCAGGAAUUUGAUGACGAAAAAAAAUUCCUGCUCCUCGAAAAUCCCCCCCCCCCAUAACUUUUCUAAUGGUCCGUCCCUAAGGUCACGUUUAUUUUUGUUCAGCCUGUCAACACUAUUUCAAACCGGAUAUUUUCUUUAGCGCGUUCAGCCAACAACAAAAGGUUUUCUGUUUUGGAAAGCUAAUAGCCAAUCAGAAAAUACGUACCAUAUUCGCAAAAGUAGGUGACGUCAGUGGACAACGCUCGGAAUUCAGUCGUCUCUCUACCCCGCACCCCCCCCCCACGGAUUACGAGGUGGAGACGUGUGACAUUUCAGACUAUCGCCGGCCUCUCUUUAACUUGUCAUAUCAUAAUGUCACUCAUAUUUGUUAGAGAUAUAAGUGAAUCAUUUGUUAGCCGGAGUAUCAGGCGUUUCUGGGGGAAAAGGGCUAAAAUGAAAGCGAAAAAGGGAGAGGGCUGACGUAGAGAAACGCCCUUCCUUUCUCUUCUCCCCCUCCCCCAUCCCCCAUCUAAUCCAUCCCCCAUCUCUGAUACUCAGGCUAAUCAUAUGAUUAGAAAAGCCGUAUGUCACGGGCCUGGUUAUUUAAUUUCUCGAGUUUCACAAAAGACCUUUCCUUCACUGAUUUCAAGGGCCAUUAACUUACUUGGUCUUUCUGAAAACGUAGGCCCAAAAAGACAGUUUAAUCAUGAGACAACGGAAUGUAGAAGAGAAGCAUAAGACUGGAAGUAAAAUAUUUGAGAGCUUGAGUUGCAAGUCAGGCUUGCUGCUGUCUAUUGCGUGCUGCAUCGCACUUAUUCACGUAGAACUUCGAGUACAAGAGCAUCAUAACCUGAUUUCACACUCAGUGGCAUUCUGUGGUCAGUUGGAAACACAAAUCCUUAGAGCUCAACAGAAAAAUGGAAGAUGGAAAAUCACCGAAAGCGGCCCUUCAGAUUUGGGGCAAGAAGCGGAAAGUGAGUACUGAGAAUUUUAAAAGCGGAAAUAGCUAAGCUCUUUGCCAAGACCAAGGCCUCUUACCUCUCCUUGUGCAAAUAUCACUGGUUAAUAAAACACUGAUAAUAGUCACACGUAAAUCGAGAAAAUGAUCACCGAAGGAAAAUAAAAAAGCCUUGGAUUUGAAAAAAAUGUUUAUUGUUGGUACCAUAAAAGGGCAAAAUUCGUUGUUCAAAACUAAAGCUUAAGGAGAUGAACAUUUAACUAACGUUUACUGCUUACCUUGAGCGAUUUCUUUAAGAUAUAUUAUUUAUGUUCUACAAUCUUCGAUAAAUGGCUUUUAUUUUUGAGGUCAAAAAACCGAAUCAAGACAAAGACGUGCUUUACCCAGUGACUCACAAGCGAAACCGGUAAAAACAGCCUCUGAUGUACAACAGCUGAUCAAAGAAGAACUUCGUUUGCUGCAAAAUCAAAUCUGUGCCAAAGAUGAAAAGCUUUGUCGACCAGGACCAAAAGGUAACACAGGAAGGCGGGGGAGACGAGGACCCCAAGGUAUACCAGGUUCCCGAGGGAGAACCGGACCAGCAGGACCUCCCGGCAAACAUGGACCAGUAGGACCACAGGGACCAAUUGGCAAGGACGGAGUUCGCGGAAUGCAGGGUCCCGCGGGACCCCCCGGUCCCAGAGGUCCGCCGGGUAAGAAAGGCGCACCGGGACAAUCUAUCUCGGCUCCCUCCCUGUUACAGCCUCCUGUUGAAACGACAGUCAAUGAAAGCCACUCAGCCAUCUUGAAAUGUACAGCGGUUGGCAAUCCUCCUCCCAAGGUCACAUGGUCUAAGGUGAAUUCAUCACUUCCUGUCGGUCGUCACGUGGUAGAGUCCAGCGGCGCUCUGAUUCUUCAGGAUGUUACACCUGGAGACAAAGGCCAGUACACCUGCAAAGCUGAAAAUUUGCUGGGAAGCAUCAACGCAACAGCGAAGCUAACAGUGCAGUGUAAGUUCCAACUUUUUUAUUUAAGGCUUUAAGCAAUGAUGUUCAUUACUCCGUAACACAUUAUCUAUUUCUUGUCAGUUCCUCCCUCUAUUGUACUGUCAUCACAUCGCCUGAUGGUUGAAGAGAAACAAAACCUCACUAUCGCCUGCACUGCUACUGGUCAGCCGAAACCCAAAAUCACGUGGUCCAAGUCAGUUAACAACCUGCCCAAAGACAGAAACGAAGUGGUGAAUGGAGCCCUGACAAUCUAUCAUGCAGUGAAAAAGGACGGUGGAACAUACAUUUGCACAGCAGACAAUAUUCUUAGUUCAGCAACAGAUACGGCUCAACUCAUAGUUUUCUCGCCUCUACGGUUUAAAGUCAAACCUCCUAAAGAAGUGCACACUGCAAUUGGAUACACUGUCCAUCUACCGUGUAUGGCCGAGAGUGACCUGAGACCUGUAAUUUCUUGGUCAAAGGAUGGCUCUGUACUUCCUGUUGGUUCGAGGGUUCUUAAAAAUAACACUCUCGUACUAAACAGCAUCAAAACAUCACACAAAGGAUCUUAUACCUGCAGAGCAACUAACGCCCUCAAAACGAUAGAAACAGAAGUUAAAAUCAAUUCUCCAGUGCGGAUUACUUCCUGUUCUGUUAUCAAAAAGAACGUCAGCAGUGUGAGCGGAAAUUAUGUCAUUGAUCCAGAUGGCGAAGGAGGUCUGGCACCAUUUCCUGUUUAUUGUGAUAUGACAACUAAACAUGGAAUUGGCGUGACAGUCAUUGGUCACGACAGUGAAAGCAGAACAUCAGUGAAAGGAUAUGAAUCUCCGGGUACUUAUUUACGAGAUGUACGUUACGCAAAAGUGAGCCUCUCUCAGCUGGCAAGUCUCACCAGAGUCUCAUCGCAUUGUGAACAGUUUAUCAAGUACGAGUGUUACGGUUCACAUUUACUUAACAACAACCAUAAAUACGGAUGGUGGGUGUCACGUGAUUCUACUAAGAUGACGUACUGGGGCGGAGCAUCUGGCAAUGGUAAGUGCGCAUGCGGGAUGACUAACUCGUGUGUAAACCCCAGUUAUGGAUGUAACUGUGACAAGAAUGACAAUACAUGGCGUGAAGACAGCGGUCUCCUUACUGACAAGACCAAGCUUCCUGUUAUACAACUCAGGUUUGGAGAUACUGGUGAAGGCAGCGAACAAGGUUACCAUACACUCGGAAAAUUGAAGUGCUUUGGGACAGCAUAA